AAACAAGCUUCAACUUCCCAUCAAUCAUACAAUAGGCCAUGUUGACACUGUCAAAUACUCUUUGGUCAAAGUUCUGUUACUGCUCGAACUUCACAUCAAACCACUUUAAUAAAAGCCCUCAGGUGAUGAUCAUCAGGUUAUGUACUGUACAUACAUUGCCAAUAGUCUAUAGAUGUAGCAGCCCAGGAUCCAGUCGGGUUCUACAUUUUGAUCUCUCUUUCGAGGAAUAAUUUCUGUUGUCAAAUUAACGUUCUUCUUGUCAGAUUGUAUCCUUAUAAACUUUGUAUGUGAAAAAAUGGAAUUGAAUUUGACCUGGCUGUGGCUCCUUUUUAGUGCAAUGCGCACACUUCUAGCGUUUACAAUUCUGCUUCUAGUUCUUCGAUGGUUUCUACGUCGGCCGAGGAACCUCCCACCCGGCCCCUGGGAAUUCCCACUCCUGGGGUCUCUACCAGCCAUCGCCUGGGGGCUGAGGAAAGGUUUACAGCCCCAUCAUGUUCUGGGGAGGUACGCGGAACGCUACGGCCCAGUCUUCCGUGUUUCUAUGUUCAACCAAAGCGUGGUCAUCCUGGACGAUUUCGAGUCGACAAAGGCGGCUUUCUGGCACCCACAGUUAAAUGACAGACCAUCUCAUGGACACUCUGGAGUAUCGCAAUCUUCUGGAGAGCCAUGGAUCCAGAUGCGUCGCUUCAGCCUUACUGUCCUUCGAGGUCUCGGCAUCGGUAAAUCGAGCUUCGAAGAGCAGAUCGGGACUGAAGGCGAGGAACUGCUGAAGGAGAUGUCUGUAAUCAACGGCAAGGCCUUCAACCCUAAACCUCUGCUCAGCAGCGCCGUGGCCAAUGUUAUCUCCUCCGUUGCCCUUGGAAUUCGCUACGAGUACAACGAUCGUCAUUUCAAACAACUGUUAGUUUUGCUGAGCAGUAUCAUCACUUCAACAGGCCCAGGUGGAUUUGUUCUGGUAUUCCCAGCUCUCACGCUUUUACCUGUUUUCAAGUCUAAUCUUAAACAGCUUUUCUCUGAUUUCAGUCAGCUUCUAUCAUUCUUAACAAACAUCAUCAACUCCCAUCGUGAUACACUGGACCCUCACAAUCUCAAAGAUUUCAUCGAUGCUUACCUCAUGGAAAUCAAAAUAAACGCAGGUACUUUGGCAGGCGCUAGCGGUGAACUCAGUCGCACAGCAACUGAAGAACGUUCGAUUUACAGCCGUUUGAACGAAACAAACAUGCUUUAUACUGUAUCAGAUCUCUUUGCAGCAGGCUCUGAGACCACGGUCACUACGCUGGAGUGGUGCUUUCUCUACAUGGCCAUCUACCCGGAGAUUCAACAGCGUGUCCAGGCUGAGAUUGAUGCCGUGGUUGGUCGCAAUCGGCUACCCAGACUGGCCGAUAAACCGGGUCUGAACCUCACCCGAACCGUGAUCUGGGAGGUCCAAAGGAUGGCCAGUAUCGUCCCCUUGGGCUUGCCACACGUCGCCGCCUCCGAUACUCAGCUGCAGGGCUUCCUGAUUCCAAAAGGCACCAUUCUGGUUUCCAACAUGUGGAGGAUUUUCCGAGACCCGAAAAUCUGGCCCGAACCGGAGAUGUUCAAGCCAGAACGAUUUCUGAACGACGAGGGCAAGGCGUUCAAACCAGAAGAGUUUAUACCUUUUGGCGUCGGUCGCCGUAUCUGUCUGGGUGAGCACCUGGCCAAGAUGGAACUCUUUAUCUUCUUCAGCUAUUUCAUGCACCGGUUCACCUUCAUGAAACCUGCCGAUGCACCGCCGCUGGCUUUGGAAGGGAAGAUUAGCCUCACGUUCUCGCCGUUACCGUUUGAGAUCUGUGCUGUAGAACGCGACUGA